AUGGACGAUCUUAGUCCGCUCCGACACCUGAUUCAAAAUCACCCGCUAAUCGACCACCAUGCCCAUAACCUAUUGAACCCCGAGUCAGCCACCGACUACGACAAUUACCCACUAGAGGCCAUCGCCACCUCAGCAGACGGUCGCGCCCUAGAAAAUGCCCGCACAACCCUCCCUCGUUACGGGCCGCAAGCCAGCUCUCGGAGCUCUACAGCCGCCCAUGUGCAGACUGGAACGACGUCCAAUCCGCGCACGAUGAAAGCCGACGACGAAGAUAUCGAAUCCUCGAGCUGGCACGAUAGCUUCACGGCCUCGCCGACAAAGCGGAUCGUGCAGAUCGAGGCCAUGGCCGAGUCCACAAUCCUACAGGUAUCGAACUCGCGCAAGAACGGCGAAUCAGUCUGGAAUAAUUUCCGACAGCGGUUCCAGGACGCUCUGGCGACAGCCUUGGAUGAUGCCAACAUAGUUGGCUUUGUAUCGGAAAUUUGCUGUCGGACCGGAUUGGACGUGGAUGCGUAUUCCUCUGAUGAUACCACCCUAGGCGGGUCAUUGAUUCGCAUCCUCGAUUCUGGUACAACCAAGUCCGGGUUUGCGGUCGAUGACAAGGAGAUUUGUGACUGGAUAGUCCAGCAAACGCUGAAAGCGAUCUCGUUUAAAAAGAAAGGCGGUGUUGCGAAGCCUUUGUUGUUCCACACCGGCUUGGGAGAUAACCGGGUUAAUCUUUUGCGAGCUAACCCUGCAUGCCUGCAGCCUUUAAUCGCACAGUACGCUGACGCGGACAUUGUGCUGUUGAAUGCCGGUUACCCUUACACCUGCGAGGCGGGUUAUCUGGCUGCUACUUAUCCAAAUGUCUAUCUUGAUCUCGGGAAAGUCUUUCCCAUGGUUAGCCGAGAGGCGCAGAUGAAGGUCCUGAGAGAAAGUUUGGAGCUUGCGCCUACUAAUCGUUUGCUCUGGAGUACCGAUGGCCGGUUUCACCCAGAGACGUUCUGGUUGGCUAAUCGACAGUUCCGCCAGGCUCUCGAGAUGGUACUAGUCGAUUACGUUCAAAAUGGCGACUUCACUGCGUCCCAGGCUUUGAGGAUAGCAGCUGAUGUUCUGUUCUAUAACGCCAAUCGUCUUUACAGCCUGGACUUGACUCCAUCGUACACUGCUGCGGAGUAA